AACAUGAUGGAUGUCAAUGACACCAUCUUCCAUCCUGCUGUGUUUGUUCUGCUUGGCAUCCCAGGCCUAGAGAGGUACCACAUGUUGAUUUCCAUUCCCCUUUGCUUUAUGUAUGCAACUGCAGUGUUGGGGAACAGUGUCCUGAUUCUGGUCAUUGUCACUGAGCGCAGCCUCCAUGAGCCCAUGUACAUGUUUCUCUCCAUGUUGGCUGGCACUGACAUUCUACUCUCCACUACCACUAUACCCAAAGCCUUGGCUAUCUUCUGGUUCUGUUCCCGGGACAUCACCUUUGAUGCUUGUGUAGCUCAAGUCUUCUUUGUCCAUGUGAUGUUUGAAGGGGAAUCAGCCAUCUUGCUGGCCAUGGCAUUUGAUCGAUAUGUAGCUAUUUGUGACCCACUGAGAUAUUCAGUAAUUUUGACAUUGCCUGUUGUGGGGAGAAUGGCUUUAGCCAUUGUUGUUCGGAGCUUCUGCAUCAUCUUCCCUGUCAUUUUCCUGCUAAAGAGAUUACCCUUCUGUAGGACCAAUGUGAUUCCCCAUUCAUACUGUGAGCACAUUGGGGUGGCUCGACUGUCCUGUGCUGACAUCACUGUCAAUAUAUGGUAUGGUUUCUCUGUACCCAUGGUUAUAGGGAUCACUGAUUUGGUACUCAUUGCAGUGUCCUAUACCCUGAUCCUCCGUGCCAUCUUUCGGAUGCCCUCUCAGGAUGCCAGACACAAGGCCCUCAGUACCUGUGGCUCCCACAUUUUUGUCAUCCUCACAUUUUACUUCCCAUGUGUCUUCAGUGUACUGACUCACCGUUUUGGACACAAUAUUCCACUCCAUGUACACAUUCUAUUUGCGAACCUCUAUGUGGUGAUGCCUCCCAUGCUCAAUCCCAUUGUUUAUGGGGUGAAGACAAAGGAGAUCAGAGAGGCUGUGACCCACCUUUUCAUCAGAAUCAAGAAAUGA